AUGAAUAAAUGGGGGAUUAAUGUUUCGUCAUGCUUCAAGCUCGUUUCUUUUGAUACCGAUGAUUUGAAAUUACUGACCGCCGUCUAUAGAGUGAUGUACCCAGAGAGGCGAAUUGAAGAGAGUAAUCUCGCAGAAACUAUAUAUAAAUUUAGCUCGUUUAAAAUCUGGUCAACUACGUAUGGGUCCAAAAUGCAACCAAGAGGAAUACGUUCUGCCAAGAUACUAGCAUCCUGGCCAGCAAAGAAUGGACAAGUCCUUCAAGACGCGUUUGUUUUAUCUCCAGGCAUCGUCCAGUAUUAUUUUACACAUUCAAUCAAGCUUGGAGAGGAACAUGUCACGCACUACUUUGCAUCUGUAAGAUGGUUUUUAGCCCUUGAUGAAUCUUAUUUUGCGAACCCAAUUAAAAUCUAUAAAAAUAAAUUCCAUCCAGGGGGGCCAGCAUCGUUUAUGCCACUCCAGAGGGUAUUUUCCAGGUUUGCCUCUGCUGAACUUGAGCUGGAGGGGCAACAAACAAUUGCUGUUGCACAAAUAACAAGGAAUGUGUUCUUAUAAAAAUAUCGCACACAGGCAUUCACAAUCAUCCCUGAAUCAAAACGUAAAGGAAGCAUCGUAUUAGAAAUAGUAAGUAUCUUUACACAGAGGAAAGUCCUAAUUGCUUUUAAAAGUUUGUGGUAAUAAGAAUAUUCGACUGUAUUUCUAAAGUUCAGCUGGUUACUAAGUAAAUAUCCAAUAAUUUCAUACAGUUAAGAUUGCUUUUAGAUUAAGUGUGAUCUCCCUCAAAAGAUUCCACUUAAGGUUCCAGCUUUCAUCUUUUAUGAACAAGUAGAUUCUGUAGUAUGCUUUCCAGUACAAGUAAGUAGUAAGUAAGUAGUAUGCUUUCCAGUACAAAAGGGAACAAAAUGUGACCUUGGCAAGGUAUAGUCAGUUUAUAAUUACAUUCUAUUACAAUUAAGUGAAAUGAGGCCUUUGUUUCAGUUGGAAGCCCAAAACGUGGAGUUCCCAACCCUUUUACUUCAAGACUGGUCAAUAAGCAACUCUCCCUAACACACUAGCAAUACAUCAAUAUUCUCACAAAUAUAUCAAAAAAACUGUUUGAAAGGCAUUUAGAAAAAUAAUAUUGAGAUCUUAGGGGGUGAAAUGGGUAGAUAGGGGCACAUAGUAUACAAGUUAAAAUAUUGUUUUCUGAAAUUCAUCUGUGAACAGGUAGAUUCAUAAUAACAAAUGAAAUAUUCUUCAGAUUAAAAGACUGCGACUCCAGAGAGUCUGUGUAUGCAUGCAUUAACCUAAAUAUUACACAGCAUCAUUCAACGUUCCAAAUUUCAGAUUCUGUUACAUGUACUUCAAAGCCUUGAAAAAUAAAAUGAAUGAGCAUUGCGACAAGGAGCCUUUAACAAAAGACUUCAUACAUACAGUGUAUUAAAAGAACAAUUAUAGGAAAGAAACUAAAUUGACCAGAGAUUAAGACUGUCUCAGAAAAAUUACUCAGAAAGUUGUCAAUUGCAGUCUGUACUGAACUCCAAAAACAAUACUAAACAAACUAAAUUGGAACAAAAUAUCUAGGUUUAGAGAAAUGAAUGUGGUCAUAACCUAUCCACAUCUUCCUGAGGCCUGGCAAUAUAUGAACUUUGACCUUUGCAGCCUAUGCUAGGUAUUGAGAUUCCACUAACUGAAACCCUGACAUUCUUAAAACCUUACAACCAGUAUGUAUGUAGAGAGAGUCUCAAACAAAAAAAUGACAAUAAAGAGAGAGAGAGUUUGUUCUUGAAAGAGUUGAAUGUCUAUACCCACUUACAUCUUCCUGGAGCCUGGCAAUAUAUGGAUUUUGACAUUUGCAGCUUGUGCUAGGCAUUGAGAUUCCACUUACUGAAAAACUUGACAUUUUUAAAACCUUACAACCAGUAUGUAUGAGAGAUAACUGAUUUUUGACUGAUAUAACAUAGACAGUUACUUCUUAUGGCCCCUCUCAAGUUAAGCUCUGAAAGCUUCAGUCACCAUUCAGUUCUGCUAAUGCCAUAAUUUUUUGAUGUUGUUCAGUUAAGAAGCAGAUUCUCUCCAACUUGGCUAUAGUUGUUUUGCAUUCCUCUGACUUUGAAUGUCAAGUGUGCCAGAGAAAAGAGAAAAGUAAAUCCCUGCUCGAAUACAGACACAGUCCUCUGGUGGUUACAGCCGACAACCGAAAUGGGUCUGGCCUCCAGGUUUGAGACCUAUUUAACGGCUCAGUGCACGUAUCAAAUAAAAAAAAAAAGUAGGAACCAUAAAGCAUAAAAAUAAAAACGAUACGAGCAUAUCAUUGCCGAGGUACCAAAGGGUAAGACCGAAGUAUGGGCAAUCUGCACUGCACCUCUCCUCGGGACGCAAAAAUAAACAAGCACUGAGAGGAGCGCACAAAACUCUCCAGCCUUCUCUGGGCUGACUGCAUGAGGUUUGAAUCCUCACAAGGGACUCAAAUUCUAAUGUUUUUUCUUUCACUAUCCUACACAAGAUACCAUUAGCUCUCUGUGAUCCAACUUGUCCAUUGGAAGUGAAAUGUCUUCUUCUGAAACACGAUCCUCAAGCUGAAAAAGAGGAGUGCUUGAAGUAAAUGACGUGUGCUUAUAACCCAGUGGCAGAUCUAGGGGAGGGCCCCCCUCCCUUAUUUUGGGUAAUGAAAUAAAUGCAGAGGGAAGAAAAGCCAGCACAAAAAUACAUGUACAAAACAGUUGGUUUCGCCCAGUGACCAAAAAGCAGUCACUCGUAAGCUGUACCAUGCAUUAAGAUUACAUAUUUUGAAAAAGACCUGACAGGCUGAAACCUACUUUCAACUGAAACAAUUGUAGCACAAGAAAAUUUUGGUAACAACUGACUAGUCUACAUAUGAACAGUUGUUCAGUUUGGGACUGUACCAAGUGAUGAGAGUCUAUGUUAUUGGAAGAUUUUGUCAUGUCUAUACCCACUUUCAAAGAAAACAACAAUAUCACAAAGUUAAAAAAUGUAAAUGUAACAGAAAUGUAGUCACUUGUAAUGAUCCAGGAGCUUUAAGAUCUGACUAAAACUCUGUCACUUACAACUCAAACCUUGCAGAAAGAUUCCACAUUUUGAAAAACCUGACAUACUCAAACCUACUUUCAGUUUAGAAGCCAUACAUUCAAAUGCAUGAAAAUUGUGUGUAAAGCCUGUCUUGUCUACUUAUGUAUAAUUUGCCAAAACUUUUUUUGACACUUGUCUCUGGAGCCUGAACCAAGCAUUGAUACUCUAUAUUCUUUAUAUAUCCUUAAGCAUAUCUUAUUUUACUUUGGACUGAGUAAAUGUUUAUCAGAAAGCCAAAAAAUGCUUAGUAAAAAUAAUGUGGUCACUCACAAUGAUCCAGGAGCAUUAAGAUGACUAAAAACCUCUCACUUGUAAUCUGCAACUUGUAUGGAAUUUCCACAAUUUGGAAAAAACCUGACAUUCAAGAAGCUACAACUCAUGGCCAAAGUACUCAGUACCUGCUCUCCCCUUACUUGGUGGUUGACAACCUUACACUUAACAAAGUAAAAAGUAAAUCUUGAAAUAAACUCCUUAAUAAGUUUCUGGCAAGUCCCACCUCCCCCCCUUCCCCAAAAAAAAACAAUGUUGCCUGAAACUCUGAAACUAGUCACCAUUUUGCAACACCAGGAAGAUUCAGCAUAUUUGAUUGAUAUUACUCAUCACAAACUAAAAAAUGGUCAACCAGACCAGCUAUUAUUAGGGAGAUGACAAUCAGUUAAGAAUUAAGACAUAUUUUAAUCCUAAUUGCAAUGCAAAUUUUUCCUUUUGCCAAACUUUCAAAAGUGUCCUUGAUGUUUAUGUUCAUAACAAGUAUCAUGUAUGAUUACUUAAAAGUUUUAAAUUCAAAAUACAAUCAAGGAGGGAAGCUUACAUUCCUUAAAUGGCACUGACAUGAGGUUUUUAAUGACCAUACUCCAGUAUUCAUGCGAGCUCAAUGCCACAACUGCUCUUUAGGUACCCCAUAUCUAUCAAGGCCUCCUUACUAAAAUGUCUUUACCCUAAUAAGCCCACUCCUCUCUCCUCCCACUAAACAAAAAUUUUACAGUAUUGGUUGUAUUGUUAUUGAUUUGACUGUAUUAAAUUGAGCUUAUCUUGUUAUUCAUUCCUUUCUAGUCAAAAUAAAAUGUAUAUAUCCUCCACUGUUGAAAAGUAACCCGCUAUUUCAAAAAAGUCCAAUAGUAGAAGUUUUCCCGCCACAAAAGGCCUCCGUGUUUCCUUGCUUCCAAUUACACUUGAGUCUUCAUUGGUACUCGCCAGCGUUAGCUAGGCCCAGUACACUCGGUACAGUGUAUAUCACAACGAGGUACAAUAUCAACAGGAGGUCCUUCCAGGUUUGGUAUAGGAUAAUCGCGCGCUUUUUUUGAAUCUCAAUUCUGUUGACGACUCUGUUAACAAAGCAUCCGAACGAAGCGAUUGUUGUCUGGUUAUUUUACAGUUAAUUCAGGGUUAGGGAAAGUAAGCGAAGGAAAUGGUAGAAAGACGAGUAAACGCGGACAAAAUCAAGAUGAUAAUGCGGUUCCAGCGGCAAUUAGAAAUAGUAACAUGUCCGAAGAAUGCAUCGUACUGCUGGAGGAAUUGAUCCGCAGCAAGCGGGCUCUGGCGAGCGAAAAUGAAAAGCUGCGGCAGCAGCAAGAGCGCAGCAACAAAUCAAACCUAGAGGCUCUUCAGCGGAUUGAGAACCGUCUUGAAACUGGUGAUAAUGGAGCCAAAGUCCGUCGGCGCCAAAAUAGACAGAAGCGAAGGACGAUAGUAGUUCCACCAGCUUGUCGAGUGAGUAGAAAAACUUAACUGAUGAGCAUAAAUAAUGUGAUAUAUGUUCAUGAUUUGCUGAAUUCAGUUCUGUUUCGUGGAAGAUUUGCUUUUAUGUUGAGUACGUGUUUGGCGCGCAAAUUAUAUGCAUAACUCAAUUAUUUAGACGGUAAUCAUUUAGCAUAGUUAUGUGUGGUUACAUUUGCUUGAUAAUCCCCUUUACCAUAAACAGGUCUACCAGAAAGGUUUUUUCCUCCCUGUUCUUUCAACGAGAUUAAUCCAGUAUGAAAAUUCAUGUUAUUAUCUUUUCUCUUGAACCCUUUUCACUUUCCCUGUUUUAAUCACACAGAUGAGUAAGGUUAAUUGUACUUGUGUAAAAGGGUGGAAGUAGAAAUAGGGGAAAGGUGAAAAAUUGAUUGUUGAAAUUAUUUCAUUCUUUUAGAGAGCCGUGAGAAGGAUAUAUAAACUUCUUUUAAAAAAAGACGACUUUAGUGGAUUUUAUCUUGACGAAGAGUGAGUAACAUGUUAUUAUAUUCAAAGAUAUUUUACUUUAUAUUGAUUAAGCCGUGAAAUCAGAGUCUAACCUGCUGCUAGAAAUAUUGAGAUGUUAUGUGAAUACCUUAUUGUUGUUGCUUUUGUCUAAGUGUUAAUACUGUUACAACAGAAUACGUGGCUUAAUCACAGUGUUUGUUCUUGUCUCAGAGAAAAUUCUGAUAGCAACUAUGGAAUUUUUGAGCGCACAGUAGAGCAGGUUGUACAUCAACAGGGAGGACCUGAAAAGAGUCCCUGGACAAAGGAUAUCAUUGAAGGUAGCUAUCAAUAAUCAUAGCAAAUGCAUUUCACUUUCAUUGGGGAGUCAUUAUGCUUUUUUGCAGUUGGGCAUAAGAAUUUGGCACUUAAGCGUAUUGAUGUAUAUCUCUUUUAUAACAAUUCGAGUUUCACUGAAGGCCUUGGCUUAAAAACAUCCAGACAAAAUCGCACUCACAGUUGGUCAAUUUGUCUAGAGCCCAGUCCUUAAAGAUACCCCUGCUUUUAGUCUGUACCAUCAGUUAGUGUCUUUAACCACUUUUCCCUAAACAAAAAUUUCAUCAUAGAACUAGCAUUCAGUAACACAGUUAGAUAUCAUGCAACUUCUAAUGAGCACCCUCAUUAUAUGUUUCAAAUUUAGGACAAGAGGAAGGGUAUAUUUUUAAUUUUUACAUAAUAACUUUCUCAAAUGUUGCAGAAAUUUAAAUAUGUUGCAAACUAGAACUUCCAGGUUAAUUUCUUGUCUCUGAGACACUAAGUUCAGUGUAAAUCCUAAACAAAGCUUACUUCACACCUUAGCAAUGAAUCACCAAGGACAUACUGCAAAUUUAUAUAACUUGGCAAAUAUUCCUAUGUGGCCAGCCAUAAAUGAUUAUAAAUUUGAAAAUUGUCAUUUAUUUAUAUGGGAAUCUUUUUAUAAUCAAAUUCUCAUGGCAUUUUGAUAAUUAUUUCUUUGAACAGCUGCUUUACAAAGAUAUUUUAAAACGCGCCUAGAAACACAUAAACUGAAGAGCAGUAAUUGCUAUGAGGCACAUACACAAAAAACAAGAAAGAGUGGUCGCCAAAGAGAGGUAUUUAUUGGGAUACUAUUUUAACAUUUCACUUUUCAUAUACCAUGCUGUUCACAAACAACAGGGUCUGACAGAUGUUCAGUGUUACCAGUGCACCAUUGAGUACAUUGAUCAAUAGGAGGGAAGAUGUUUCCCACUGAAUGCACUUUUUUUUUGCCACUUCAAAAUUGGAUGGCUUUGCAUAUAGACACUUUUAAGGGAGUGUCCUGUCAAAAUUGAAAUGAAUUAUGUAUUCUGGUCUGUAUCUAGAGCCUUCCAAGAAAAUCUUUGUAAAGUAAAUUUGGUAAUUGUAUAAUAUUAUUUUAAAGAUGGAUCUGUAGUUGAGGAAAAGAAUGAAAAAUAUUAAGAUGUGAUUUGAGAUCAAUGAUAGCUUGUAUGGGGCAUUUGAUGAAAAAUAAAGGACAAGGAGACUCUUUAGUAUAACAUGCUUAAGAAUUCCAUUCUUACACUGUGUGCACAUGCAUAUCAAGAGAAAUUAGUAAUUUGGAUCAUAUUUUCCAUUUGAGGACUCAUAAUACCCUUCUCAUGCUUGUUGUAUAUUUUUGUUUUUUCAGAUGUUAAUGAGACGAACUACAGCCCUGGAGCUGGUCAACUGGGCUGACCAGCAUGAAAAGGGGAGAGUGGCAGAGGUUCUUGUGAUGGAGGCGAUGAGCAGUGAAGAAAGCUGUUAUGAGGAUGAUGAUAUAAAUAACUCAAAAGUAACAAAAUACUCUGUCCAUCACCUUCAAUGGGAGAGUAGAAGAAUGAAAAAAAAUAAAAAAAAAGACUUGAUAAGGCCUAUAAGAAGAAACUCACUUCAAGAGCUAAGGAGAGAAUCUUACCCAGAGUUGAUGGGCAACCUUCUCUGAGAUGCCCACCAACUGAAAAUUUUCUGGGGUGGGCAAUAAGGCAGUAAAAAAAAUUGUUUUACCAAUUUAUCAAUUUGAAAAUGUAUAAUAUAUCCAGAUCAUAAAGUAUUAAUCAGCCAUGCCUAGAAUGAAGGUCUUACAUGCCUGCGUGAGACUUCUUUUUUAUUGAAUAUGUUAAUUAGUAAUUUUAAUGGUCUCAUUAUAUAAAGUAAGUAAUUGUGAAUUCUUUAAUUUUAUAUUUAAUUUCCUCCAUAUGAGAUACUUUUUUCCAUAUUGAUGUACAGGUUGGCAAAUAAUUGAUAGCUAUUGCAAAUUUAAAUUGAUUUAGAAAAAUGUACUGAUUUUUUAGAUUGAUAGGUUGAACUUAUUUUUUAUUGUUAGUAUCAGUUCAAAUUGCAUUUCUAAGUGGCUGGAUUUGAGAGUAAAAUUUGUGAAUUAAUAGCUUUUUGUGUAGUGUGUUGCUAUAGCUAGUUAUAUUCUGUACUUCUUAUAUUUUUAUAGUGAUAAAGAUUCUAUUCUAUAUAGAUGACUGAGAUUAUAUGAAUUAUACAUUAAUGAAAGAGAAACAAUCUUAAUAAAGUAUGACAAUUAGUAAUUCAAACAUUUGGACGUCUCUUUUUUAAUUAUGUAUGUGCCUCAAAUGACAUAUCCUCAGCUUUAUUGUGGGUUUACUUUGUCUCAGGGGAGGAAGUGAGUUUUGAAUGAAACUAUUUCAUCACUGCAAUUUCAAACAUUCUGUAAUUGCUUGUAUGUGUGAUGUCUCUUUUUCUAACAAUUUAGAAGUUGCCCAAAAUAUUAUAAGUUAUCAUAAUAUAAAUGUGGGUGUGGUUAAGCAAAUCAAAAGUCAAUUUAAGGUGAAACCUGCAGCUUUUAGAGGCACUUAAAGGUCACUAAAUGAUGAAUGUUAGCAAAACUUGAAAUUUAAGAGAACCUGAAAGUACAACUAAAAAUGAAUUACAACAAAACCUGCAACUUUAAGUAGUACUUAAAGGGAAACAAAAGAUUAAAGAAACCUUUAAGAUGCCUUUACAAGUAGAAGUUUUGGCAAUUAAAGACGAGUUUACGAGAAUUGGGAGGAUUCUUAAAGUCAAUUAAAUGGUUAUUUAGGUUUACUUUCAUGUGAUCCUAAAGUGUUCAUCAAAUGGUUCAUAAGGAGACUUUAAUUGACUUCUGAAAGUUCAAUUAAAGAUUCAUUUCAGAACUUUCGUAUGUCACCUAAAGAUGUCUUAAAUACUUCUAAUGUUAACCUUUAAGUUACCUUUAAGGAAACUUAAUUUAGAGGCGCUAUUUAAACAAAAGCGGUGGUUCAAAACGAAAACAAACGACCGCGUUGGCUCAAGGUUGGAAAUGGGCCUUUAACUUCAGCUUAUAAAGUGAUGAAGUGUGAAACUGACACUUUUUGUAGUUUAUGAAAACUCAAAGUCAGAGCCGCAAUCAGAAUCUUCGGCAUCCAAAUCUGGCAGCUACAAGGCUUUGGAGAUUUCCUCUACCUCUUCCUCAACAGAAUAGAAUAACUGGGCGUCAUCAUCAGUUGCCUGUACACCAACAUCAUGUAAAAUUAUCACUGGAACAUCCUCAUUUGCAGAUCCUGGACCUGGUGGUGGUGCUGUGUUGAAAACCUUUGGAGGGCGCUUGCGACGAGGUUUAGCUGCUAACCAGGACGAAACAGCCGAAUUAAGAACAAGUCCCUGUAAGAAUCAAACAUCUUGGGGAAUGAAAAUUUCCAACCUCCCUUCAAAUUUUGCAUGCAGUUAGGCGCUCAGGGGGGAUGCACAAAAAUACCCUUUAUAAAGGCCGCAGCACUCUUGUUGCCAUGGUAACAGCGGCUGCUUGUUCGAGGCCUAGGGCCUCGUUUUCACACAAAAACGUCGCAAAAAAGAGUGAAAUUUUUAUUUCUCUAUCUCAAGCUAAAUAAAACAUAACAAAUUGGCACUUCUAUCAUACAUAGUAACAUUAUUCGUCUCUACAUUGAUUCAUUCAAUUUUCCCUGAGAGUGAAUGUGAACACAGCAAUAGAUUAUUCAUCUCGGUACAGUUUCGGUCAUUUUUGUUGUCGGGUAAAACAGGGAAAACGUUUAUCUGAAUUUCUCCAAAAGUGCACCGAUUCUGCAACUGAAACUACCCACCUAGCUGGUUAUUAAAUACGUAAAAAUCUCUGCGGGCCUGCCUCUACUUUUUAUGUGGGAAAUUCGCGAACAAAGCUCAAAAUCAGAUAUUGCAUAAUUUGGCGAUGUUUACAUCUAAUGUUCUCAACAAUAAAUGUUUCAGAAAAAUGAAACAUUCAAGGCUUUGAAAGAAUUUUAUCUUAUGAUCUACACGAAACUAUCCUCACACCGGUCGCCGGUCACCUCUGCGAUACCGGUGCACCGGUAUCGCAGGUCAUGGGUUCAAAUCUCGUACAGGCCUGAAUUUUUUUCAGGUCCUAUUUACAACUACUCGUUUCAGUUGUUUUCUUAGCUGCGAGGAUCUCUUAAUUUCAUCAAUUUGAAUUUGUCUGUCAAUCUUCUUAGUGAUGCCGGUGCUACAUCUAUUGCUGAGGCAAUCAAGGUCAACAAGACGUUAACUAAUUUGAAUUUGUUUAACAGUGGUAUUAGUGAUACCGGUGCUACAUCUAUUGUUGAGGCAAUCAAGGUCAAGAAGACGCUAACUAGUUUGAAUUUGUCUCGUAAUCGUAUUAGUGAUACCGGUGCUACAUCUAUUGCUGAGGCCAUCAAAGUCAACAAGACGCUAACCAAUUUGGAGCUUGUACGGCAAUGAUAUUGCCAGUGCUGCAUUUGUUGCUGGGCCAAUCUAAGUUAGUAGGAAGCUAACCAAUUGGCAUUUGUCUUAGAAUAGUAUUAGUGAUGCCGAUACUCCUUUUUAUGCCGAGGCAAUCAAAGUCAGCAAGACUCUGACCAAUUAAGAUUUGUCUAACAAUGGUAACAAAUGUGAACAAAGUUGUGAGUGAGUUGAACUGACUUUUCCUUUUGUACUUUUCCUUUUAAGUAACGUUUUUUAAAUUUUCCCUUUUGCAGAUGCAGGAAGGAGCUUUUUAAAUUGUCUUUAGUUGCUCUUUGAUUAGAUUACAUUCAAGUUAUAAUAGCUACCUUUGUGAUGUUUUUUUAGUUUAAGGUGAUGCUUAUGCUUCUGAGGUAUUUACAUUAGACGAAAAGAAGUGUAAAACGCCAUUGUUUUUAGAGUUUUGUCAUGAAAGGAAUAUCAUAAGCAUGUAUCAUCCACGAGCAGCAAUAUUUUUUCCAUUCUUUAUAUGCCUCGAGCGCCUCUCUUUCAAUAUAAACCAAAGCAAAAAAAAGUUUACAGACAUUGUUUUUUAUUUCUAUUUCGAUCUGCACAGCCAUUAAAUGAAAUUUGACCACUGGGAGGUUCCUAAAGGGGAGGUGUGCGGGGAAAGGGGAUGGGUGGGGACACAACAGGGGCGAGGUAAACAAAGUGUGCUGUGGAUAACUCUUAAAGGGUAAUGUAUUGCCAGCGGAUGCUUGUUUCCACACAGAUCUGGGGCCUAAUUACGAGUUAUUAGAUGUGCCAUUCGGCAGGCGAGGACGCAUAGCCCCAGAAAUGAAGGGAUGAUUGUCGGUUUCCCAUGCAGGAAGAUCUGGAUUUGUACCAAUUAUAGAUUCUUUGCUAAAGAGACUGGCAGUUAGAGCUUGGUCAACAGAUUGUAACCAAAUCAUUUGAACAAAUUUUAUAAGGAACUCUCUGAAAGAUAGAGCUGAUAAAGUCUUUUCACUUUCAUCAGAAAUAAAGACGACGGAUUUGAAACGUAAACCGACAUCCUCGAAGUCAUAUAAAAUACUUUUAAAAAAUUAAUAGAUUCUAAAAUAGAACAGGACCCAGUUGUUCAAAGGGCGGAUAACGCUAUCCAAUGAAUACAUCGCUAUCCAGCGGAUGUGUUAACAAAGAAUGCUGCACCAUCCAUCGGAUGGAGAUUUAUGCAGUGGUUAUCGUUAUCGAACGAAUUGGCGGAAGAAACAGAAAAGUAGUUUUCCUGGCUUUUCAUUUUCAUUAUCCGGGAAAAAACAAUCUAGAUUGCAAAAAUAAAGUGAAAAGCAAGCCAACUGUCAUUAACGCCUUGAACAACUAGAAGUCAAGAUACUUUUUAUGGUCAAACAACAAAUUAGCAAACGUAAAUAUCAUUCUUCUUGAUGCCUCUCGCGGUGUCACCGAUUUCUUUUCCCGAUGCCUCCGUUGGUUAAUAUAGCGGUAAAAAAUAUUUUUACAGUCAAAGCGUUUGGAAAAUUCCUUAACUUUUUUAAUUAGCUAAGUAUAACUUGGUGACACCACGGCUUUACAACACGAUUCUUUUCCGCAACUACAAAUGAUUUGUCUCCAUAUGAAUAGUUAAAACUUUCUCCGCUGACCACUCACAUGUCGGACUGUUUUUCUUUCCCAGCUCGUCGCCCGUGACAUAUGAGUAAAUGGGUGAACUUCAUUUAAAACAGGAUGGCCACAGCUACGAGGCUGUUGCCCAGAGGGGCCCUGUAUCCACCUAAAAUCAUUACGAUAUAAUCAAUUACGAUAAACACUCGUGGUUUAAAAACUUAUGGUCUCAGAAAAACUGAAAAAAUGAAGAAAAAACUAAUUACAAUAUCACAUGUAGUAACUCCCACUCCCAACCGCAUCGUCUGGAAACAAAGCUUCAAGAACAGCUAGAAAUUUCUUGUAGAUCGAUUUAGAAGUUCGGACAAAUCAAGGAAUUUGAAGAGCAAUAAUUCGCUUGUUCAUGCAAUGCACAGUUAAGUAGACAUGUUUCACAACAAGGUGAACAAUAUAGAAAACGCUUGCAGUAUCGGCACUUUUCCUUCGUUGUUUUGGUAGCCAUUUUGGAAAUGUAGCCGGGCGUCUUUAUGGUAGAUAGCUCAUGUGUGAUCUAUUAUAGAAUAGUGUAUACGCAAAUACGUUGGUAAUAAAAUGAGCCGUCCACUGUUUACAACGCUGGAAAGUAUUGUUGGACGAUUACCGCUUGCUAACAAGGCUCUCCAAUUGAUUUAUUUUUGAACCGGGUUCAUAUUUCCGGGUUAUAUUUCCUUAAGAUUAUGCCCGAAGAGAGAUUAUUUAGUGCAACAUAAUCUACAAGAUCUUUGCUUCUUACCGAUCGCGCCAUGUUUUUGCAACCUAACACCUUCGAGCAUCACUGUCACUGCUCUUCAUAUUUAAGAAUAAGGUCGACUUUCCCGGGUAUCCUUCGCGAAAAGAAGAUACUGUUAACGCCUAGUUACAGCGUAACCACCAUAAACUAUGUAUCAGUGGCAAAGUUAUAAAAUGCGCUAUCUGAGAAAAUCAAUUUCCUUUUAGCUUGAUCUAAUCGUAAACCGACUGAGGUGCAAAAGUUCCAAUUAAACGAUGUUUCUUUGAGAAAAUCGGGUAUUGACACUGACCGCACAUGUAAAUUUCUGCACAAUUCCAAUACUGAGGGGUUAGUCUUCAAAAUAGUUUAGGGAUUUUUUCGAUAUCGUUAUUUGUUGCUUUGCAAUUCUCCAGUCCAGUUUGCUUAUCAAAAUUUUACUGAUUUCGAAAAACAGAAUUCCUUCAUACAGAUUUUUUAUAGUUUGAUAUCUUGGGAGUAUUUUGACCAAAUUUUAGGGCAAUUCGUGAAAUUUUCAUGCCUUAUAAAUUUCUUCAAAGAAGGUACGUUUGCAGAAAAACGAGAUAGGUUUUUUGCAUCCAAAGUUUUAGAGGGGUAACCACAUGUGGUUAGAUGUCAGUAUCUGUGCAAAUGCAUACCUACCCUUCCCCUAAGAGAACGUUGACCAUAACUUGUCGUCAGUUGACUUUUGUUGGGUCGUUUGAGGGGUAGGUGCUCAGUUGUUCACAUAAUUUCCUGAUUAUACCCAAGCAAUAAUAAUGUAAGCAGCAGAAAUGGAACUACUGCUUGCCAAAUGAUACGGUCCUGGAUGAUAUUAAAAAAAAAAGAAUAACUGUCUGAUGAAAUAAUACGCACCUCUCGUUUACCUUCGUCCAUGGCGGCACUACACAACAUCAGUCGUGUUUGCCUAAUUUUUACGGCUACGGUUCUUCCAAUACGUGAUUGUGAAAACGUUUUUUAAUACUGGCUGGAGGUACAGCUUGCAUAUUUAGUCGACUUUGCCCAAUAUUUACUAUGGUUUGUUCCACAUAUUACUUUUCUGCACUCCAAACGAGUCGCACACUCCUUGGAAUUAUUUUCACGAAUAAAUUUACGUUUUCUUUUUUGUUUAUUUCGUCUUGUACCUCUAGCAGGUAGGAAUUUUGAAAUCAGCGAAAGAAAGCAAUUCUGCCGUGCAAUCACCAUUUAGUAGAAAAUAUGGUGGUUAUUGCUCCUUGGAAAGCAGAAAUGUGAGUCUUCUGUGUCUUUUAUUUCAUUAUAUUUGUAUAAACAAACACAUUCUGCACAACUAUUUUCCCAGCUUUGGUCCUAUUUUUUUUCUUUUUUAACUAUUUACUUUUUCGCCUCACGGAGGCAAAGGUCACAGAAAACUGGCUUCUACAGGCUCAUGGAUUAACAUAUCUUCAAACAUUACGAUAGUGUAAUGAUAAGGUUUGUCACCUUAGCAUUUUUUCUUCGCUGCUUAUCAGAUGCAUGCCUGUCAGUGCCCUGAUGACAAUCAUACACACGCUUUCUAGUGAUAACAAAAGGAAUUCCAUCAUAUGUGAUCCUUGGUUGGAACAUUGCAGUCUGGGAAUCUUGAAAAAAUACUUUUAUUCUUUCAUUUCCACAUUCUCUGUGACAAACCAAGGGGGCAUUGAAGAGACAUUCAUUCAUUCAGUCAUUCAUGUAUUAAUUUGGUCUCUUAGUUAGUCAGUCAGUCAGUUAGUCAAUAAGUCUGUGCGAUAGGCAUCUACUACAAGUAUUGACUUUUGGAUCAUAUCUGAAAAAGGGUAUUAAAAACCAUAUCUAAACCCCUCCUUUUAUCGGGCUAGCCACCACAUUUUAGCUAUUGAAGAUCUGUAGUGGUUUUAUUUUUUUAUUCCAUACCGUGUUUUCCAAUUUUUGCGAAGAAAAAAAAUUAGGUGCGUAAGUGAAUUACACAUCUGUGUUGGAAACUGUACGAUACGCUAGUUAUUCUUAAUUUGAUUGACAUUUAUGAGUGAUUUCGUUUAUCUAUACAUAACCAAACAAACAUGUAUGCGACACGUGUUUUAUAGCGCCAUAUAUGGCACUGUUCCACGUGCUUACAACGGAAAGUUGGGCGUGUGUUUCUUUAGAAUAAGUCGAGAGUUGUGUGUGGGAGUUAACCCAAGCGUUGUAGUAAAAUCGUAAAAUCAAGUGAAUAAAAAUUUUAAAAUAAGGAAGCAUGGUAUAGCUUUUUCAUGUUUUCGACACACCUGUCUUUUUCAAAAUCAAAAUAAAGAGCAUCUUUAAUUUGCGAUUUUUAUGGAAUGUUUUUUAAUCCCCUUUUCCCUCUUGGUCUCCCCAUAGCCCCUAACAUUCCCCUUCGUAACCAGAGUUCAUUUAAGGCGCCCCUUUGACUUUAGACUUACCUUUGCCAACACCGUAGCAGUAAUACAUGACAAAGCUAGUUGUUGUUACCACUUCGUGUGCGUGCAGUAGCUUCUCGGCUGAUUAUAGGGACUUCAAGAUGCAGGCUCCACCACGGCGACUGGAAGUGUACACUUAAAACCCAUCGGACUGCGCUUGUCUAAGGCGGGAAUUCACGCCGUAAUCUUGUCAUCUGUUACGGCAAAAUCGCUACGCUCCCGUAGUGGUGAAUACGUCAGAUUUGCCAAAAUAUUUUGUUUGAGGUCUUAAUUAUUUGAAUUUUUUUCUUGUGAUUAAAUUGAUUACGUCUCUUUACCAGUUGAUAAAUCAUAGCUGAACGAAAUUUGGUCAAAAUUUAUCUGUGGAAAAAAGAUGUCAAAACCAGGACAGCUUUAGGUUCCGCCGCCAACACUGCCAAGCGGCAAUCGUAAGUAUUUUUUUUUAUCAUUUUUGUUCGUUUUAUUCUUUUUGACUCAGUUGAGCUCUUCAGUUUGCUUUUCCGGCACUAAGCUGAUGGGUGCUGAUUUUUACAACAGGCCAAUUUAAAGGACAACAGCGUACGACGUGUUGUUGUGCAAAGAAAUUUUGGUACAAGAGUUUUACAAGUUCAGGAAAGGAAGCAAUGAAAGAGGAAGAAUUUGGACACAAUUUCCGAAAACUUCAACAGUGUAACUGCAGUCAAAUUCAAAGUAAAUCAAUGGACGGUGAGAGAGAGAUUUGACUUGCUAGUCUGAAGAUUUCGAUAGCAAAGUAGAGAAAAGGCAAAAGCAGUGGUGCAUCUCCCAAACCAACAAAGCUCGGCGUACUGUUAGAAGAAAUUUCUGAGCGAGAAACUAGAAAAGUCAGAAAAGGAACUUAAGAUCCGUGAAGAGGAGCUCACUUUGAAAGCAAGAGAAGUUGAAAACGAAAAUGGCUUUUUUACAACAACAAACACAGGCUAUGAUGGUGUUGUUAUAAAGACUUGCGAAAAAGUAAUAACUAAUUCCCCAACACAGAUGACGAUGCAUUGAUUUACUCUUCCUCGUAAAUUUAUUGCAGCUUCAAGUUACUGAUUUUGUUUGUAAAAGUCAAUUUGCAUUUUCUGUUUUUUUAAAGUAGGAGUAAAUUCUGUUGGGUUCUGCAAAUACGAUUUCUACCUAUUUUGUUAGAAAUUUGUUCAGUGGUUUACACCAUUCAAGAUAUAUCUUAAAUGAAUAAAUUAUGUCAGUGCUCACAAUUAUACUUUCUUUGCAUUCAGUUUGAAAAAAACCAUAGUAUUAUGCAAAGUAAGUAAAAAGGUCGGGGGGGGGGGGUUACACCGAAAGAACUCAGAAGUGUUAUUUCCAUACAGGCAAGUAAGGCUGUUCCUUAAAAGUGCGCAAACGAUAUUGUUAGAGGUUAUAUCUAACACUCGUUCUGUUAACUAUUUUUUCAUUCUCUCCUUUUUCUACACAAGUUACUAUAACGGGAACUAGCUCAGAUCUCUCAAGGAAAGUGUGGGUCACCGCUUAAAAAGGUGACGCUUACUGAGCUAUCAAUCUCUAACCUCCGUCAUCCUUUUAUUCUUAACGAGUGAAUCACGUUAAGCUAUGCAGAACGGAGUUCACAUACUAAGUAGGAAUCAUUUUCUACCUUGAAUUUCUGACUCUUGCGGUCAAGGUUGGUCAUAACUAAAGCAAGAUUGGUAAUAUGAAAAUUCAAAUGAACUUACUGACAGAAUUAGAAUCUUAAUUGAAAAGACAUCUUAAGAGAAAAUAGUCCUCGAAGACUGCUACAUAACAGCAGAAUAAACAGAAAAUUCGGAGAAGAAAGGGCUGACGAUUCAGACCUAGGGGGGACGGAACACUAGAUUUUGAUCUAGAAACACUUUCUUUUCUUGUUUCCUCUAUAUAUUGGACUCUUUCAGCACUCGUUAUUCUUGGUCUUCCUUUUUCAUUCCAGGACAGGUAAAUAUGUUGUGAUCGUGCGGUUUUACAUAACCCAUACUAGACUUUUACCGUCCGUUUGCGAAAUCUAUGCUCCACUAUGUAAAAUCACACAUAUACAACAGCUAAAUUUUCUUUACAACUUCAAUAAAUUUAUUUUAUACUCCUUCUUUUCCGCAGUCGAAGUUGAGUUUUUGUAAUGAAAGAUCCUGUCAGAGCGUAGAUAUUUCAACACAAAUUCUGUAAUUCCUAUGAUGAAAUUUUUUAGGUAACCAGCUGUUCUUUCUGUUGUGGCAACGUUAUACCUUUUCUUGACCAUAAAGCGUUGACAUGAAGUUAGUGUUGUUUGUUAAACUUCAAAUUUAAGUUCCAUUCAAUCAGGUUAUAUUAAACUUUUUGACUUUUACUUUUUGUUACCGAUAUGACGUUGACUAGAAUUUGCUUUAGUUAAUUUCCAAUGUACUAAAAGAAGUGAUUGCUUCCGGCCAAAAGUAGAUUUAGCUGAGCGACACUUAAACAAAUCAUUUCCAUAUAAGGUUGUAUAUUAGAUGAUAACCGAAACUGAGAGAAUCAAUAAGAACACUAGAAAUGCAACAUCAUGAUUUUGAAAUUUAAUGGAAAUAGAUAGUUAAUGAGCGCGUACGACUUUUAUUCAGCUGCGACUCAUACCUGCCACCUUCCGUUCAGUACUUCGGACACUCUAACGCUUAGAUACAGUAGACUUGUGGCAAGCUAGCUCGAUUAAUCAUGUCCAUGGAGAUAAACUUCCUGCAUGUUGCGAGCAUAUGAUUACUGAUAUGAGAUUCUUGCUCGCAAUGCUGCAUUCAUUAGAUUUCCUAUUCAUUUUACUGCUGUUAGGUAUUUUUGAUCCAACUGAGCUUAUCAGUGGAAUUCGCCAGCUGUACAAGACUCGCGAGGGGUGGCUCUCACCAUUUCCAUGGUGUGAAGAGUUUCAGUUUUUUCUUGGCAAUAUUUUUACAAGGCUCAAAGUGGUCAGAAGAAAGAAAACGAGAGUAGAAAUCACUGACGUAUUUGUUGACAUGUCGUCAAUACUAGACCCGUAUCAACAGUGUUCAGCGCCGAGAACAGUGUUGAUUGAAGGAGAACCUGGUAUUGGAAAAACCACCUAUUGUAAAAAGUACGCUGACGACUGGGCCACAAAACAGCGAGAGCCUCAGGGCUGCGGCUCAACAGCAUUUAAAGUGGUAUUGUUGCUGAAAUGUCGAGAUAUCCACUCUGACGUUUGGGAAGCCAUUGAUGAUCAGCUGCUCCCCCAAGACAUCGAUGAAGAAGUGAAACAACUAUUCUUUCAGUUUAUUCGUGAAAAUCAGUCCAGCAUUUUAUUGAUAUUGGAUGGAUUGGAUGAAUUACCAUCCAGUAAAUUGUCGAUUUUUUCCGAAUUAAUCCAAGGAAGAGUGCUCCCCAGGUGCCACAUAGUUGCAACAACAAGACACGAAGCUGGAAAAGAGGUGAGAAAAUGCUGUGACACGCUGCUUCAGAUCGAAGAAUUUGCUGUAGACCAUGUGAAAGGAUUUAUCAGCAAGUACUUCAAAGAAAGGCCGGAUUUAGCCAUCAAGCUCUCAAGACGGAUGUCGCGAGAUAAAAACCUGAGAGAAAUGGCAGCCAAUCCUGUAAACACAGCACUUCUUUGCCUUUUAUGCGAAGAGUUUGAGGGCACACUCCCCGAAAACAGAGCUCAACUGUACUUGGAUAUGGUCGAAUGUGUUUUGAGAAAAUAUAGAAAAAAGAAGGGACUAUCAGAAACAAACGAAAACUUGACCAACUUUUACAAACCGGAAUUGAAUUGCCUCGGGUUGGUAGCGUUAAAUGGUUUACUUGACGACAAAUUGGAUUUUAAUGAAAGUGAGUUGGGAAACCCUGCAAAAGGCUUGACUGCAUUUGGAUUUCUCUCAGUGCAGCCUGGUGGCAGCAAAUUGAGUAAAAAACUUCAUUAUGCUUUCUUACAUAAAAGUUUUCAAGAAUUCUUUGCUCAGCAUUCUCUAUUUGUUCUCAGAUUCAAAGCAAGGAAAUUAAAGCUGAAGAACUAG